GGGGCGGGCCCCGCGGGACGGGAAGCGGCGCGCUGCCGGCUCUGCGAGCGCGGUGAACCUGCCGCCGCCGAAGCGGAGCUCGGGCAGCGGCGCCUGCUCGGCGUCCUGUGGCCGGCAGCGCUCGCGGGAGAGGCGCGACGGAUUCGGGCUUUUAUUUCCACUCAAGAAAUAGGAGGAUGGUGAUCAGCUGUAGCAUUAUUUUUCAGUAGUGGGGUUAACCGCUUAACGCAGGCAUGUUUCUAGCCAUUUCCAGGAAAGCACGACUUCAUCCGGUUUAGCAGUGACUCGGGAAGCCCUAUGCCGUCAUGUCGUGUGUUUCCUCCUUUCUCCUUCUUCCUCCAGCUUAGAUGGUUGAGCAUGGCAUCAUACGGUGUGGAAUAGGCCUUUGGUUGGUUGGUUCAGAAGUCCCGGCUGUGUUCCAUGCAAACUUCUUGUGCCAUCCAAUUCCUGGGACAGGAGCCACAGGAGAAGCAGAGAUGGCCUUGACUCUGUAUAAGGCAGCAUAAAGUACAAGGACAACGAAAUUUGCAUGGACAUUUAGAUACGUUCAAAAUGUUGUGUGCUGGGAAAAAAUCUUACUUUGCUGCAGCUGUGUGCAUUAUGACUGUAACUUCAAUGCUUGCAGUUUCUUAUCUGAAGUUACAGAGACUUUCUCAUCAGCCAAAAGUAAUUCAAGAAGGUAGAAGAUGUAGAGGGAAAAUUGCCAUUAGCACAAUAACAGCAUUAGAAGGUAACAAAACUUUUAUUAUAUCCCCAUACUUUGAUGGCAGAGAAAGCAAAGUCACUCGUGUGAUUGGGAUUGUUCACCAUGAAGAUGUAAAACAGCUGUACUGCUGGUUCUGCUGUCAGGGCAAUGGAAAGAUAUAUGUAUCAAAAGCAAAAAUUGAUGUUCACUCAGACAGAUUUGGAUUCCCUUAUGGUGCAACAGAUAUAGUUUGUUUGGAACCUAAAAAUUGUGAUCCAACACAUGUAUCAAUUCAUCAGUCUCCAUAUGGAAAUAUUGACCAGCUGCCGAGGUUUGAAAUUAAGAAUCGCGAGCCUGAGACCUUUUCUGUUGACUUCACCGUGUGCAUUUCUGCCAUGUUUGGAAACUACAACAAUGUCUUGCAGUUUAUACAGAGUAUGGAAAUGUAUAAGAUUCUUGGAGUACAGAAAGUGGUGAUCUAUAAGAACAACUGUAGCCAUCUGAUGGAGAAAGUCUUGAAGUUUUAUAUAGAAGAAGGAACUGUUGAGGUAAUUCCCUGGCCAAUAAACUCACACCUCAGGGUUUCUUCUAAUUGGCGCUACAUGCAAGACGGGACACACAUUGGCUACUAUGGACAAAUCACGGCUCUAAAUGACUGUAUAUACCGUAACAUGGAAAAGAGCAAGUUUGUGGUCCUUAAUGAUGCUGAUGAAAUAAUUCUUCCCCUUAACCACCCAGACUGGAAAACAAUGAUGAACAGUCUUCAGGAGCAAAACCCAGGGACUAGUGUUUUCCUCUUUGAGAACCAUAUCUUCCCAGAAACGGUAUUUUCUCACAUGUUCAACAUUUCAUCUUGGAAUACUCUGCCAGGUGUUAACAUAUUACAGCAUGUAUACAGAGAGCCUGACAGGAAAGAUGUAAUCAAUCCCAGGAAAAUGAUAGUUGAUCCACGAAAGGUGAUUCAGACUUCAGUCCAUUCUGUCCUACGUGCUUAUGGGAACAGUGUGAAUGUUCCCAUGGAUGUUGCCCUCAUUUAUCACUGUCGGAAGGGCCUUCAAGGAAACCUUCCCAGAGAAUCUCUCAUCAGGGAUACAACACUGUGGAGAUAUAACUCAUCAUUAAUCAUGAAUGUUAACAAGGUUCUAUCUCAAACCAUGCUGCAAACUCAAAAUUGAAACUUCAGUUAUAGGGAGUGAAAGUGGAGGGCUACCUGUAUUGUGGGAAGACAGGAUAUAAUUUAAAAAUCACAUGACAUUGAUUUCCACAUGGAGUCUACAUUUUUCUGCAAUUAUUUAGGGAAUCUGUAGCAAAGCCAUGAAUCAUUUAAUGAUACCAAUGAUCAAUGCAGAUUGCAAUACCUCUUCUGAGAAAUGUACAAUUUGUUUUCAGUAAAUAAUUAAAGUCAGUAUUUGUCAACUGAUUCAAAUAAUGCAAUACCGUUUUCAACCUAUGUACAAAAAGUACAAAUACAAUCACUAGUAUUAAAGGUAGCAUUGCUUAAUUCUUGCAGUUUGUAUGUCACUGUGUACUAAAUUUGUAUGCAUCAAUUUGAGUAAAAAAGUAGACAAGUAAUUGAGUACAAUCUUUCUUUCAAUUGUGAAAAAACUACCCCUUAUAUUCUUGGAAAUAGUGUAUGUUAGAAAUGUGAUGGAUUGUAACACUAAACACAGCAGUUGGAGUUUUGCUGAUAAAAAAUGUCUUGUUCUACUGGGCUUUGGAGACAUGUAAGUUUGAGAAGAGUGAUUGCACCUGUUCUGAAUUACUAAAGUGGUAAGUGCUGAGUUGUGUAGAGGAAAGGGACAGAGAUUCAUCUUAAUGAAAAAGAUAAUUUUGUGAACCAAAAAGAACCUAUUUCAAGGAGGAAAAAAUAGAUGGCCAAACAACUUUUAUGAAAUGUAGUAUUUUGUUGGUUUGUUUUUUUUUUUUCUGGCAUCUUGAAGCCUCAUUAGAAAAUGUUAUGAAAUUUAGACACAAGUUGGAUUUUAGUCCUUUAUGUGAUAGGUAAGUUGAUUUAUAUUGCUUCCUUAGUAGGUGUGAGGGUAUAGAAGCUGCAUUUUUUCCAGCCUCUGUCUGGAAAUAGUGCUAAGUAGUGACUUUUGCUGAAGGGCUAGGUGGAAACCAAAGCAAACAGAAGAGCCAUUUGCUCACUUCUGUUUCACAGUUUCAGUUUCAGUUUGACAAGCCCCCAGAACUACAUGCAUUGCAUGUGUUGUGGCAAUAUACUCAUACCUUCCUACUGAAGGUACAUUUGAAGGCAGCAAUAGCCUGACACUGGUGUCAGACAGAAGUGUGUGAGAGCAAGUAUGCUUUUUAAAAUUUCUACAUUAGUUUCAUGCUGUCGUUCCUUUAUCUACUUGGUAGUGGCACAUACGUGUGCCCUUAAAGAGCUCAGUUAUUAGUGGAAUAGUAUCAUUAGCAAUGUCCAAAGGUAACUUUUACUUCGAUGCACAGUGACUGGUAGCAUCUCCCAGUCUUUAUCAACAAACUGGCAGCUGUGUUAGGAUAUGAGAUACCUGCUGCUAUCAGUCAUACAACCUUGUGUGGCAACAGGUCCAUGUAAAAUUUCAGACUCAUUGUUUAGAAGGGGCAUCUGCAAGUCCAACUCCCUGGCAUUGUCUAGGAAGGCUGAGCAACCUGUUUCAGUCUUAAAAUAAACUCACUGUGGAGAAUUUCUCUUGUCACAAGAACCAUUGACCAUUGUCUUGCUGCAAGAUGCCAAAAUCAGUCCGACACUGUUUUCUUUAUCAUUUACUAGUUAGCUGGAGACAGUAGUAGUGCCUCCCCAUCCCAUGCCCACCAUUUUCCCAUCUGGAGGGCUCAGCUUAGGUCUGUUUCUCAGCCAUCUUGCACUCCACCUCUCUGUGGACUCUGUAUAAUCAAGGUCACUAAAAGAAGUAGUUAACCAAGUUUUUCUGAUUUGCUGACUUGGAAACAAGGACAUUUCUGGCAUGCCUCAGUCUUUCAAAGUAUGCAGUGCUGUAUAGGUGGUUCCUUCAGAAGCAUACAUCAUAAUGAUACUGUAAUGUUACUCCCACAAUAAGAAUGAUGAGAACUGGGUUUCAAGAUAAAUUAUUGAAGUUAAGUUACUGAAAACAUUCUUUUUCACGGAGGCUUUCUUCACUUAGGAGUGAGACAACAAAAGCUCACUUUUGUGAGCUCAUCAUUUAUGCCCCACACAAUGCAGUUUGGAGAGUUGUGAAUUUGGCUUCUGCUUGAUAAAAUCCUUGAGUACAGACAACAUUUUUCAACGUAAAUUGAUGUGAGUAAAGGUGGAAAAACUGAAUGCUUAAGAGUCUGGCUUUGUAUUUAAGAGAUUGUUCCACUGUGACUUUAAGCAACUCCUAUGGCAUCCUCAAAUCCUAAUUCUUGCAUAUGAGAACUCUCCUUCACUGGUGUAAUUAAUACCACAUACAUUUGGGAAUUGUGGCCUUCAUUCAGUAUUAAGUAUGAAAUCAGGUCUCCUUGAAUAAUGGGAAGAAAAAAAUCACACUAGUAAUGCUAGACAAUUUUGUCUUUUCAAGGGCAUGAACCAAUUUUCAUGAAAACCCAUGUUUUCAAGUUGUGUAAAAAACAAAUGACAUUAAGGCGGGAGGGAGGGAGGGAGGGAAGGCAGGAAGGAAGGUAGGUCAACCUAAAGCAUUUCUAAAGCAUGUGAUGUAGAUACAACUUUUAACGACAUGUCAAAUAGCACAAAAAUGUGGAAAAAUAUUUGUUAAAGGACUUGUUUGAUUCUUCUGUGUCAAAGGCUAAGUAUUUAAAGCUAUCAUAUGGAAAAACAUUUUGAAGACAAAGAUUCUGGAGAGAGAGAGGGUUUGUUGUUUUCUCAUUUUUGUUAAGCAGCCAUGCACUGCAACCAGUAUUUGCUGUUAGACGUACAAAAGCCUAUGGUUCUAAAACAGUAGCUUCACCUUCUGUUUCAACAACAAAAAAAAAGGUCAGAAGUCAGGUCGAGCACAACUUGAUUUCAGACUUGGUAGUAGAUUUGAAUGGUUUAAACAUUACAAGCUAUACUUCAGAGCCCAAAUAGGUAUAUUUAAACAUGAAUAUAGACAAAAAUUUGUGGUGAAUACUGUUAGCAUGCUGCAUUGCAUUAUUUCCAAAACAACCCAUUCCCAAAUGCCCACAUAAAAGUAAAUGAUUGUGCAUUGCAUGAUGAUACCAUUGGAUGUGCAACUUUGGUUCAUGCAAAGUCUCGUUUUAUGGACACACUGCUGAUAGGCCAUCAAUUCCUGAAGAUUCUGUAUGUGUGAGCUUUUCAGCCAUGUUCUUUCCAUAACACCAAAUGGAUACUAUGGUCUGGCAUACUGGUGGCAAAAACCAAGCCCGUAUCAUUUUGGCCAUUUAGUCCAUUUAACCAAGACAUUUCACCAGCCAAGAAGCUUGAACCUCUCUUUGACUUUCUAUAUUCUGGUAAAGGCCAGCGGCUUAUCAGUUUUUCUGUCCUCAAGUCCAUUAUGUACAGGUAUCUGUUGUCAAACAGUAGAGCAAAUAUCUCUCCAAAGCCCAGCAACGACACAUUUGAGAAGUCUGGAGGUCUGAUAACCCUAGAAGACAAGAAAACAGUGUUAGAAUCUCCCUUGUCAUGAGCUUGAAUUACUAAAGCAAAUCCUGUGUGUCUACAAAAAAUGCGUCUAAAUUAAUCAUUCUGAAGUAAUUUAGAAAGAACUGUAUGCAAAUCUUUCAACUUAAGCAACUGAACACUUAGCCACAGUCAGGGCCUGUGGUUUCACUUCUGACUUUAUGCAUUCAGGACAGACCCAUCUGAACAUAAGUGAAAGCUAAGGUUUUAAGCGGAUUAUUCUGCAGAGCUCAAGAAAAAAACAGCCAUUUCCACAUACAAAUGAAAGAGCAAAUGUACUUGUGUUUUACAGUAAAUUUCCAUAGGGAUUUCAUGCAUCAGUAUCUUUACACUAAGAGGUAAAAGCUGUUAAUAUUCUUUUGAUCACCCCUGUAAAAGGCAGAAGUGAAACACAGACACGCCUUCUUGUGAUAAGCAGGUCAGAUAAAUCAUCCAAGACUGGUCCUUAGAGUGCUGUUUUACUGAUGUUUUAUGUUAAAUUAACCAUGGGGAGAAAUAAAAGUAUUUUUAAGUUCCCCAACACCUUUAUGAUGUCUUCCCUUAAUAAAUAAAACUUGGAACAGAAACUGAAGAGUUGAGUCUUCCACAACUGCCUGCAUGUUUGAUAAUACCAUAAAGCAAAGAACUGAGGCAGCAAAAUGUGUGGGGAUGAAAAUCUGCUCUCAGCAGUAAGAGACCAUCUUUCUGUUUUGAAAGAUGGGAGGGUAAACUAAGAGGUGAAAUUACUCAGUUAUUCUUACUCAUAAGAAGCAUUUCUGGAGAUCUUUCAAAUAUCCACAAUUAUUCAGGCUAUUUGAAUUAAGAAGUCUGCUAGCAGUUCUAAAAUGCUUUUUUUUUUCUUUAGUUACUAACUAUCUUUGAUGCCACCAUUUCCAACUUAUACAGCCUGAUUCUUUAUGUGGAAAUUGAAUGCCAUCAUGUUUGGUCCCUUAUUGCAGUCUGAUAGAUUUCACUGUCAUUCCACAACAUUAGAAGAAGUGACAGAUCAGUAGUACUAUAAGGAAAAAGAGUCUUUUUAAUUUCUUGUCCCAUCAAAGUACCCCCAGAAAUUCCUGCUUGGUUCUCUGUAUAGCAGUCUCCAUGGUAACAUUAGCUCUGCAUCACUACAUUUCCACAUUCCCAACUACAGUAUUGCAGUCUGGUUUAAGUCUAUACAGAAACACUUCAGCUUACAGAAUGAAAAUACGGAAGAGAACUAGCAUGUGGCCAGAAACCAAAACAGCAAUGAAAUGAUUCAUAUUAUCAAAUGACAAGAUUAGAAUUAAACCACUCGAUAUGUGUAAAGCAAAAUGUUUACAGGAUUUUAUUCAAGAUGCUUUUGGUCCACAUUUAAGGUAAAUUAAAACUGGUAAAUUACUUCUUUUUUAUUUAAUGAAGACUGAUCCUAAGCUGAACAGUUUACCUGAGAAUAUCAUAGCUGGCAAAGUCCCACUGGUAUAAUCCUAGUGCUGAACUGCACACUAUGUAUUUACCAUCAAAGUGCAGCCUGGGCUGUAGGGAGAUGCUGCGGUCUUCAGAAACAGACAAUGUUCUUAAGCAUUUGCAGUUUAUUUCCCUUCCAAUAGGCCAAAUCUACAAUUAAAACACAGUUUAAGACCAUAAAAACUUCAUAUUAUAACCCAUAAAAACUGUCACAUAAAUAGAGCAAGCCUCACAGUCUUUUUUUAAGCAUCAGGUAAAUGUGUGCAUGAGUUUUUUUCAGAAACAUUUAUCUUUUUCAUGUAGGAACAUCAAUUCCUCAAACAUCAAGUGACUUGUCUUACAGUAUUGGUGCAGCACA